GGAGGGGGGUCCGCUGCCCAAGAAUGGGAAUUCUCUUCACCAGGAUAUGGAGACUCUUCAAUCACCAGGAGCACAAAAUUAUCAUUGUUGGGCUGGAUAAUGCAGGGAAAAAUACCAUCCUUUACCAAGUAUCUAUGAAUGAAGUUGUACAUACAUCACCUACAAUAGGAAGUAACGUAGAAGAAAUAGUGAUUAAUAAUACAUGUUUUCUAAUGUGGGAUACUGGUGGCCAAGAAUCUCUUUGGUCUUGGAACACUUAUUAUACUAACACAGAGUUUGUAAUAGUUGCUGUGGACAGUACAGACAGAGAAAAGAUAUCUGUAACUGGGGAAGAACUCUAUAAAAUGUUAGCCCAUGAGGAUGUACAGAAAGCUGGAUUGCUGAUUUUUGCUAAUAAACAAGAUGUUAAAGAAUGCAUGACUAUAGCAGAAAUCUCCCAGUUUUUAAAAUUAAAAAAAAAAGAUCAACAGUGGCAUAUCCAGGCAUGCUGUGCUCUCCCUGGCAAGGGAUUAUGCCAAGGACUUGAAUGGAUUGUGUCCUGA